AUGCUGGCAGACCUCGACCUCGCUCUCAAGCGCCCUGCCGAGCUCGUGCAGCGCCUCCACGCCGAAGACCCGUCCCUCGACGGCUUCGAGAAGCGCGUCGCGGAGACGUUCUCCCGACUCCUCAGCGAUGACAAGGCCGUACAGCAGAUCCCGGCGCUGACUUCCUUGUCCACUCCGUCGACCCUCCCUCCUCCUAGCUCUCUCGUUCGCUUCCGGGCGAUGGUUCAGGACACAGGGAUGGGUAGCGAGCUCUACCAGGCUGUCGGCGAGGGGGACAAGAUCUUCAUGUAUGGCGCAGAGGAGGAAGGGAUCGGCGGAAACCCUGAAGACUACAGCAAGCUGAAGGAGCGACAACUGUUCUACGUCGUCAGCGUACCGGGCGAGACGGAGUGGCUGAAGGAGAACCUCGACAACGCCUCCGUUUCUGACCUCCAAUCCUCCAUCGACCGCCUGUCCCUCAGUGCUUCCGCUUCUUCCGCUCCUGCCCCAGCCGCCAGCAAGAACCCCAACCCUGCCGAGCCGCACUUCGGACUGGUCGCCAAAGUCUACGGAGAUUCGGGCGAGUCGCUCAAGACGACGGUCGUUUGCGAGUUUGUCGGCGUGUUGGGCGAGACGAGCCUCCGCAACGCCUUCGACGAGCUGAGCGAGACGACCUCCUCCUCAACUUCGACCGUCCCCGCUCUUCACGUCAUCCUUACUCGUCCUGCUUCGACGCCGGCACUUCCCGCUGCUCCUACCGAGAAGGAGGCGAGGGAAGCGCUGCGGAAAGAGCUGGUCGCGUACCUUGCGGAUAGCUUGGGCGGCGAUUCGGAUGCUGCCGAAUGGGUAUUGCUUGCGCUCGUCGCGCGAAUCCACACCCGCCACGCGACAGGCAUGGCCCUCGGCAGUCUCUCCCUGAACCUCGCCCUCCCCGACUCCUUCCCGACCUCCCUCCCGCAGACCCUCGCCUCGCUCGUCCCCACCUCCACAACCCUCGAUUUGUCCAUCGCUUCGCUCAAUGACAAGAACAAUCGACUUGCGCCGAGGAGCAGGGACGAGAGCCUCGAGAGUGGGAGGUUGCAGUUGGCGAGUGGGACGGCGGUGGUGGUUGACUUGCGAGGGAUCGGCGAGGGGAAGCUCGAGGAUACCGGCGUCCGGAAUCUGCGACACGUCGCAACGACCGUCGCGCAGCAAAAGCUUUCCUACGAGUUCCCGUUCUCCUCGUUCGAGCUCGAGACGGACCUCAACUUUAUCUUGCUGAGCGAGGGCAAGGCAAUCGUGCCGGCGGAGUGCGUCGUCUAUGUCAAGCCGGCGGCGACGGACUCAAAGGCAUCCACGUCGCAGCCGGACAAGGCCAAGCUCGACCAGUUCCGCUCGUUCAUCUCGACGGCCAAGUACUCGACUUUCGACAUCCCCGAAGGAAUGAGCGAGGUUAUCCAAAGCGACUUUGUCGCGCGGCGGCAGGCGUCGCAUGGCGGAGAAGGGAUGUCGCAAGACGACCUCCUCUUCCGCAUGACGGCCGCGCGGUUGAUGGCGCUCUCGUAUGGCGAGAAGGAGCUGAGCAGGGAGGCGUGGAUGCGGACGGCCGAGCUGGACGACCGGCGGAAGGAGCGGAUGCCGGCGGUUCCUCAGCAGCAUAAGUAG